GGGAGGUGGUGACCGGCUAAAGCGGUGACGGCUUCUCAGCCACCACCACCAGUCCACCACCACCACCAUCCUCCUCCUCGUCGUCGCCCUCGUCGUCGUGUCCGUGCCUCGCCAUGGCGAGCGAGGCGUGUGCGCAGGGGCUGCUGAGGCGCGCGGGGGAGCUGCUGCUGCUGCUGCCGAGCGAGGCCCGCGCGGCUCCCGGCGACGAGAAGCCCGCGGCGGCCUCGCCGCUGCUGCCGCUGCUGGUGAUGGGGGCCGCGGCGGCGGCGGCGGUGUUCGCGGGGUUUUACCUGCGGCGCGCAGCUCAGCGCCCCAUGCUGGUGGCGGGCGCCGGGUUCCGCCGCUUCCUGGACGACCACUGCCCCAUGGUGCGUGAGAAGUUCUACCCCACCUUCUGGUGCACCGACGGGCGCGCCCAGACUGUCGUCCGUGUCCUGCUCAAGACGCCGGUCCCCGUGCACUACCGCAACGAGCUGAUCCGCACGGCUGACGGCGGUCACAUCUCCCUCGACUGGGCGGACAACGACGCGAGCGAGCGGCACCCGGACGGGGCCACGCGGCCCACGCUGCUGCUGCUGCCGGGCCUCACGGGCAGCAGCAGGGAGAGCUACAUGCUCUACAUGGUGCGCACCGUCCUCUCCAUGGGAUACAGGUGCGUCGUCUUUAACAACAGAGGGUUCGGCGGGGAGGCGCUUCUGACCCCGCGUACGUUCUGCGCUGCCGACACGGAGGACCUGGAGGCGGUGCUGGACCACGUGCGCUCCCUCCUGCCCGACGCCCCCCUCGUGGGCACCGGGGUCUCGCUGGGAGGAAUGCUGCUGCUGAACUACGUGUCGCGCUCGGGCAGCGAGUGCCGGCUGAGCGCCGUGCUCACGCUGUCGGCGGCGUGGGACACCUUGGCCAGCUGCGACUCGCUCGAGCGCCCGCUCCACUGGCUCCUCUUCAACCGCUUCCUCACCGGCAACCUGCGCAGGACCGUGCACAGGCACCGCGAUGUGCUGGCCUCCAAGUUUGACAUCGAGCACAUUAUGAAGGCGCGCACGAUCCGCGAGUUCGACCAGCGCUUCACCGCUCCCAUGUUCGGCUUCGCGACCAUAGACGACUACUACCGCGCGGCGAGCCCGGCGCACACCGUGGCGGCCAUCCGCAUCCCCGUGCUGUGCCUCAACGCCGCCGACGACCCCUUCUCACCCAUGCACGCGAUCCCGGUGGAGGCGGCGCGGUCGAACCCGCGCGUGGCGCUGCUGGUGACGUCAAGCGGCGGCCACAUCGGCUUCCUGGAGGGGCUGGUGCCACGCGGGCGCAGCUACAUGGACCGCGUGUUUGCCGAGUUCACGCGCGCCGCCCUCGAGCACGCCGGCGAGCUGGAAGAGCUCACGGGCCAAGGGGGAGCAGGAGUUGAAGAAGUUGAACGAGUCGAAGGAGGUGAAGGAGGUGAAGGAGGUGAAGGAGGUGAAGGAGGUGAAGGAGGUGAAGAAGGAUGUGAAGGAGUUGAAGACGACGUAUGGCGACGGAGGAGUCUCGUCCACUGAGUCGCUCGCAGUCUCGCCCGCUCGGACGCAUGCACACGCACGUACUCGCUCACGCGCACAGACACUCACAGGCUCGCACAGACGCUCGCGCAGACUCGCUCGCACACGCACACUCCUGCGCUCGCUCACUCGCUCGCACAGACUCCCGCGCUCGCUCACUCGCACAGACUCCCCGCACCCAUGCACUCGCUCGGUUGCACGCAAGCUCGCACGCUCACUUGCUGACAGACGCUCACAACUCUCACGCCUCGAUUUUCACACCCUUGCACACGCUCUUACUCGAACGCACACGCACGGCCUCUUGCACACCCGCCAGCUCGCCCUGGCUCGCUUGCCCUUGCGAAGCGCACACUCCUUCACAAUGCAGAUGCUCGCACGCACACCCACACACCAACACACACACACCAACACACACAUUCCAAACACACACCAACACACACACACCAACACACACACACCAACACACACACACCAACACACACACACCAACACACACCAACACACACACACCAACACACACACACAUACCCUUGCACGCCCCCACUCCUACACUCGCUCACACGCACACUCUCACUUCGCAGGUCACUCGCACACUCGCUCACACUCUUGACGGUCUUCCACGCCCCUUGUACCGCAUUCUCACACUGAACCCACGCCCGCUCCCCCAUACUUCCAUCGGUGCUGCUCCAUCCGUCAACUCUCCGAUACCACUCGGCUAUUGCUGCUCCUGUUUGGAAGCGUCUGUCCAGCCGCUCGCACACACGCGACACAAACCUGCCUUAACAACAGCGAUAAUUAUCGGUAGAAAUUGGCCUUCGACGUACGUGUGUACGUAGAACUUCUUUUGCCACCGUACGUAGCCAACCGUGCUGAUCGGAGGUGCGGGGGAAGGACAAUGGAGAGGUUGACGGCUUAGAUCACGAGAGGAUCUCGACGGUCAGGAUGUUGGCAAAAUGAGGCCAAGGGAUGGACGAAGAGGGAUCAGCUGCUUGCACAACUUUAAGGAAGGAAGGAAGGGGGGGGGGGCUUGGAGCUGUACGGAUGGGAUCGAAAGGAAGUUGCAGCCAAGAACCUGCCGUUGGGCAGAGGACUUCCAUUUCAAGCCCUUUGACGCGAAUACCAUUCGAUGCCUCCUGAAUUUUUGGCCUUACUGCUGUAAAUGUCUUUCUGUUCUAAGUCGGCCUUCCCGACGGCAGUGCCGGAAAGAGGGAGAGGAGAGCUUUGAUUCCGCGUGCGUGUGUGAAGUGAUGUUGUUGUUGUGACGGGGCUUGCCACCCGUCCCGGUUUUGGCCUGCGCAGUCGCUGCGAGUUGGCCAUGGGGACGACAUUGGCAGCAAGCGGAUUCGUGAGUCCAUUCCAGCUGCGUUUCCCGGUCCAGCCCUGUGCUCGUACGUCACCCGCGCAUCACCGUAUUGUGCAUCGUCGACUGUGGUGCAGGAUUCCGCACUCGGCGCGCCGGGACUACGAUUCCCGCCUUCGGCCGCGGUUCCGCCAUUGCUCGUCGCAUUUCCUUCUUUUUACAAAUAAGCUGCAAAGCGGCCCGAGUUUGGGCUUCCACGGAACCGAACGGGGUGUUGCUAAGAAGGACCGGGAGGUGCAGUGUUAGGGCGAGCCCCCGCUCAGUGCGCGGCCAUGUUCGCACUUUGCAACGCGUCUUCGCUACGUUAGGGAAUACUUGGCAGAACGCACGCACGCACCGUUAUAACGCGGGUUCCGAGCAGUGGACUACUAGCCACUUUCUUGAGCCGCGCGGCUGAGCGGUGCAGCGAUACAGUACGCCGAGUCGUUGAGUAACGUGUUGGCGUACCCGCAGUUGUUUGUGCCAUCUCGCUGCGUGGUGUGCUGAGUGGUAGUACAUCGCAUCUCGUUAUUACAUUAUUUAUGGGGGAAUAGUUUUCGCUAUUUUCCCAUAAAUGUUCCUUUUCAGGAACACAUCUGCAGCGUUAAGCGAUGAGUUUCCGUACACCACUCCUGAACGAGCCCGGUGUUUUUGAGGAUGCGAGGGAGCGGUGAGCGUGGGAGCUUGCGGGGAGUGGAGCUGCGGAGGUUGGCGCACUGCGCUCCGGACCCGACCAACCUGGGUUCGAUUCCCGGCCGCGGCUCACGACGUAUCACUGGCGAGUUGAUAUCGUUCAUGGAAACUGGUACCCGCCUGAGGGGGCAAGUCGUUAGUCCCACAGACUUCUUCACAUGGCCAAUGAGAGUGAAUUCGUCGAAAGCCCGACUCAUUAUCCAGUGGGUGUCGCGUGGUUCACUGUCGUUGACCACUUUGAGACAUUGGAAACGGCUAAAGUCACGCCAGCUCAGGCGGUUACCGACUGCGCAAAACAUAUGCUCACCUGGGCCCACGGACUAAUAUCUGAACGGGUUCCGGGACUUCCUUAGAUCGACUCGGCCUUAAACAAACACGUGGUGCAGCUGUGAAAAAAAAAACCCAGCACUGUGAGAUCAAAAGAAAGUUACAUUUACUGGGCGAUGAGAUGUUACGGCCCUUAAUAGGUGCUUGCUAACGGCAUUGCCUCAACAGGGGGAUUUGUGUCUGUGUGUUUUGUGUGUGAGCGGUGGCGCAGAGGUUAGCGCGCCGCGCUACGGACCCGGCGACCCGAGUUCGAUUUCCACUCACGGCAAACGCCAGUGACGAAUAUCUGAACCGGUCCUGGGCCUCUCUUAGGUCGACUCGGCCUCAAAUAAGUAGCUGGUGCGGUGUGUAAACAUCGCCACUUGGGAGACAAAGGCGCCCGGGCGUGGUGCUGGCCACCCGCCCCCUCGUGCGCCGUGCCGGCCUUCAUAGGUGCUGCUACUCGUUUUAGAACAAGCACUUGCCCCGAACAGUCUGUUACAGGCUACACGGGGGAUCUUUGUCUUGGUGUGUGCCUGCACACUCCAAGUGAACUGGGAGGAGGCACAGCUUUUUCGACACGUGUUACCUCCGUGUUCAUCACAACACGUGUUCAUCACAACACGUGCGUGCAUUAUCGCUCGCCUUGCCCUUUUUAAUCACCAAUCACGCACAGUCCCCCGCUGGCAGGAGCACUCGGAGUCGGCGAGUUAUUAACUCUCGUUUGUAUCGGUAACCCUACACACACGGUACUGGUAUGUACGUGUGGACCCGUUUGUAGACCACAUAUAUAUAACUGUUGCUAAGAAUGAUCAACGCUUUUGUCAUUCCAUUGCUGGAUGAAACCCACUCAUCACCACCGUGUUGGGAGUCAUAAGCGUGGCUUGACCAUGCUUAUCGUGCUAUUAAGAAGGACCAUUGCCCGAAACGUCAACUGAUAUGUGUGUGUGUAAGGCCACAUGGUGUUGUUGAUUGAUUGUUUUAGAUUUUAUUUCUAAUUUGUGAUUUUGUACCGCUGCCAACGUAGCAGCCGCAGCAGCUGUAGUAGCAUCGUGGCUAUAAAAUGUGGUGCCCUCCUAGUGGAGGCUGAGCGUUAUAUACAUCGUGUGUUUAGGUCCAAAAGGCCCAGAACGCCAACCGGCCAGCAACAAACAGCACCUAUCACAGAUGUGCCCGACAAGAGCGUGUCGCACUCUCUCGUCUGAGCUUGUUGUUAAGAGUUUGUUGGAGACUCUAAAGACGACGACGAUGAUGAUGGGAGGGGAUUCCAGAGUGGGGUAGUGCGAGGAAGAAGCAGAAAGAGCAGCGAGGUGACCUGCAGUGUGGCGAGUGAGUGGGUGAGUGGCUGGGUGGGUGAGUGAGCGAGUGGGUGAGUGUUGUCACCUGCAUUGUGGUGGGUGGGUGAGUGGCUGGGUGAGCGAGUGGGUGAGUGUGCUUGCCACCUGCAGUGUGGUGGUCUAACAACAGCACAGAGGAGAUGAAACUGUCUGCGAGACCGAGCCCUCGAUAGAUGCGUCAAGUCUGCGACCACAAACCACGCUUCGCACCUCCCAAGCUAAGCAGGCUUCUAAGCCUGGACAUUGCUAGGGCCGGAGAGGCAACCACCACACACACAACGGGUGUGAUGGGCUGUUCCGGGGACUGAUGGUUGUUAGUGGAGGGCAUGGCAGUAGAAUCAAUUGUUCUGUACUCCUGCUUGCUUCCUUACGGCGGAUGCUCCCCAGCAACCUGCGUGGUGAAGUAUGGUCAAAUCACAAGUAGUCACGCCCUCCAUCUAGCAGCCGAUUGACCUGUAACAUUGCUUAUGCGCCUGAGAAGUAAGCCGUGUUUGACUUGCAGUUUUAUACGAGCACUUAAGAACAUGUUUUAAUUUAAGGUGUAUGUGUGUGUCUUUGUCUUUUAGAGAAUAUGAGCAUAAAAUUUAAGAGAGUGGAA